ACUCUGUGAAACCGCAAAAGUCGCGCGUGCUAGUAAGUCGCAUUUAUGGAAUCAAUUUUGAUUGUACUAAAUUUCGGAUGACUUGUGAUAUAAAUAGUCAGUGAAAAUGAUACUUCUAAUUCGAUAAAUCAAAAUCGAGAGCUCUGUAAAUUUUUCCCCUGCAGUGUUUUUUUUUGUGCUAAGUGUCAGUAUUUAGUGAGUAUUAUGAACUUUGAGGACUAUGAAACCCUUCCGACCCAAAACUCCGUCACACACAUGACUGCUGGAGCAAUAGCAGGGGUGAUGGAGCAUUGCAUAAUGUACCCACUCGACUCCGUAAAGACUCGGAUGCAGUCUUUACGGAAUGCCAACAACAGCUCCAUCUCCGAGACCUUCCGGCACAUGGUGAAGAAGGAGGGCUUACUGAGGCCCAUCCGCGGCAUGUCGGCGGUGGUGAUGGGCGCGGGCCCGGCGCACGCCUGCUUCUUCGCCACGUACGAGUACUGCAAGCACUCGCUGGCGCAGCUCACCAGGCACCGGCACGACCACAUCACACACGGGCUGUCGGGCUGCAUCGCGUCGCUAGUGCACGACGCGGUCUCCAACCCCGCCGAGGUGGUGAAGCAGCGCAUGCAGAUGCUGCACUCCCCGUACCGCGGCGUGUGGGAGUGCGCGCGGCACGUGUACCGCAGCGAGGGCGCGCGCGCCUUCUACCGCUCGUACGGCACGCAGGUGGCCAUGAACGUGCCCUUCCAGGCGCUGCACUUCGCCACGUACGAGGCGUGCCAGGCGCGCCUCAACCCCGCGCGCGCCUACGACCCGCUGGCGCACGCGCUGGCGGGCGCGGCGGGCGGCGCGCUGGCCGCGGCCGCCACCACGCCGCUGGACGUGUGCAAGACCGUGCUCAACACGCAGGAGCGCGCCGCGCGCGCCGACGGGCUGCUGGACGCCGCCGCCACCGUGCUGCGCGCGUCGGGCCCGCGCGGCUUCUUCAAGGGCGUGCAGGCGCGCGUGCUCUACCAGAUGCCGGCCGCCGCCAUCUGCUGGCUCACCUACGAGACCUUCAAGCACGUGCUGGGCGGCGCCGGCGAGGACGCGCCGCCCGCCGCCGCGGCGCCGCCGCUGGCCUGCGCGGCGCUGCGCCUGGCGGCGGCCGACGUGCCGGCGUCGUAGGCGGCGCGUGCCGGCCGCGCCUGUUUCCGUUGUUUGUAAAUGAUUCGUUACCGCAGUCCACGAUUGCAGCUAGUACUCGCCGCCCGGCGCGGGCCGGCUCGGGUUGACAUCCUCGCGGAUGUAAAAUUGUUGGAGGUGCUAUGUAUAAUGUAUAUUGUGAUGGAGGGAACGGUUUGCCGCUCGACUCGUUGGGACGCGUCAAAUUAUGUUGUUGUUUGUGUAAAUUACUAUUAUAUUAAUUGUAUUUGUUGUAUUUAUGAGUUGUAUAUGUGAGUGAUAAACUCGAUUUAAAUUGAGAGUUAUAAACUACUAUUUGUAUAGUUAACGCGGCGAGCGACUGGCCUCGGUCGCCGCAAGCCGAGCUGUAAAAUUGCAAAAUGAAAAGAAUAUUAUAAACAGUAAGUAAAUAAAGAGUUGGACAAUA